AUGAAUCCAGGCUCCGCGCCCACUGGGGUGCCCGCAACCCGUCCUCCUGGCGCACCUCCUAUGGUCAGGAGAAAGAAGCCUGCAUCUGAUCCCUUCUUCAAGGGCCCCAGGAUAAAGCCUCCUGCGACCAAGCCUCUGCUGAACGGCCAUCUCACCCCCCCAGUCAACGUCAACGGUCAUCCAGCUCCUAAGUUACCGCCCGUGACUACGAAUCCCGCACACGCGCCCUCCCCGUCCGCAGUAGCUAUUCCAGAUCGCGAGCGUGUGAGCGGCUUCAGUGACCCCCGAAUUGCAGCUGAAGGGAUAUCUUAUACGGAUUACAAACUGGUGACAACAAAGAGGGAUCUCCUCAACGGCCUCAGGUAUCACAUCCUCCAGGUGGCAACCGAUAAUCCUUUAGACAUUCGCAAUGAAUCCGAGUUCGCAAAGCCCGUUCGGCUACAUCGACGCGAUCCUCGCGCCCCCCCUCCGGGACAUCAGCAGGAAAAGAAGGAGGAAGAGCAACCCGAACCAAAAGACGGGCUCAAUCCUGCAGAGAGAGAAGAGCUGAACCGGCGGAAAGAAGUUCGGCAAAAAGAGCGCGAGGCGAAUCUGGCACAAAUAGCUCCCUCCCAAACUGCUGGCAAGAAGUUGAACUUCAAAAAGAAAACCCAACAAGUCUUCCGUCCCGACUUUUCGGCCGAGGAGAAGCGCCGAAUCCAGAACAACUACGAAGAGAAACUGCCGUGGCACCUGGAAGAUUUUGACAACAAGCAUUGCCUCGUGGGGCAUCAUCAAAUUGGCUCUGUCAGCUCCAACGCGGCCUUUGUCUACGAGCCGGCAGGAGAUGCUUCGACUGGCAAAUUCCGGCUGAUACCCAUUGAAAAGGUCUACCAAUUUAAGCCGAAACGCGAGAACCUGCAAAAGAUGACUAUCGAGGAGGUCGAGGCCGCGAUGAAAAAGGGAGGCUCUGACCCCGAGUGGCUGAUCCGCCAUCGAGAAGCUCGCAUCCAGGAAGCCUUGAAAGAGCGCGCGGCGAGAGAAAGCAAGGCACUGUUUUCGGGCGCAGCGCGGACCACAGUCGAUGCGGGGCGGACUGGCGAGGAAGCUGAUCUGGAUUAUGAAGACGAUUUUGCCGAUGACGAGGAGGGCGAUCUCUUCCUGGACAAGGACGAGGACGAGAAACUUGCAGAGAAGAGGAUCAAGGAAGAUCAGCUGCAGGCCAAUUUCCUCGAUUUCAAGGACCUCAAGGAGUAUGAUGAGGCCGAAGCCCGAGAAAAGCGCGAAGCAGAGGCUAGAAAGAAGAAUUUCCGGGACCUGAGAAAGGCCCUGGAGAGGCGGGAACGGAAUUACAACCAUGGUAGUGAUUCGGAAUACGAGUCCUCGACCGACAGCGAGGAAGAACGAGAACGAAUCGAGCGUGAGCGUCUGGCCAACAUCAAGAAGGAAGAAGACGCAGAGGCCAAGAAGUCUGCUCUGUCCUCUGGUGCCAAUACCCCCUCGGGCCGGAAAGAGAAGAGAGCCUCCGACCGCGAAGAUGAAGGUGGCAUGAAGAAGUCAACAUCGACGCGGUCCUUGAAACGCCCUGGCUCGCCGAAUCUCUCUGACGCCUCCGGCACGGAUGUCUCAACGCGGAAGAAGAAGCUCAAGUCGAAACAUCUGGCCUCUAGCCAACCCACGCCGGGUCAUUCGAGACCUAUGUCCCCCGUCAACUUUCCGCCUAGCUCCUCUGCUCCGCAGACGUUGGACCCAUUGGCAGCAUUGAAAGCGCGAAAGCGGGCCACAGGUUCUGUCGGGGCUGGGUCUGACACUGACACAGACGCCGCCGCCAUGUCCGAUAGCAGUCGUGCUCGACGCCUUAAGCUCAAAAUGUCAACCUCGCCUCCCCCGAGUGGUGCGGCAGGGACAGCCUCUCCAGCAGCUCAACCAUCCUCGCGUGCAGCGUCCCCAACUCCAGUCUCUGCUGGAGGGUCCAUCCCCCGACCGGUAGCAUUCCCCUCGGCACAAGACAUCAAGAACGCGAUUCCACCUCAGGGAAUAACUGUCAAAGAUCUUAUGAAGGUAGUGGCACAUCCCAAGGACAAGCAAAAGGAGUUUGUGGCGUUAGUCAAGGAGGUGGCGAGCUACGACAAGGAACGGGGUGUGUUGUUGCCGAAAUAG